UCAACAUUUGCCGUUUAGUCGUAAUUCUUGUACCACGUGACUAUUUUUGUUGUUUGAUUUUUUUUAAAAAUCUAUUUGUAUAAAAGGAUCGUUAAGUUGCACUAUUGUCACAAACUUACUGACUACCAAACAGUAAACUUAUCAAGAUGUUCAAGCUGAUCGUUGUCGCUGCUGUUUUGGCUGUAGCUGCCGCUGCACCAGGAGGAUACACUGGCAUCCACGUUGAUCAUGGACUUGGUCCAAUCCACGCACCUCACGUCGUGUCUCACGUCGAUCAUCACUUGGGAACCCACGUUGUUCAUUCAGCACCUGCUGUAGCACCAGCACACGUGGUUCAUUCUGCACACGUAGUUCAUGCUGCACCUUUAGUUCAUGCUGCACCACACGUAGUUCACGCUGCACCACAUGUACAUGUCGCUCCCAUUGUCACCAAGACAGUCCUUCCUGCCCAUGGACACCAUGCCCCUCUUUUCUUGGGUCAUCAUGACGUCCACGGACACUACUAAGCAAUGGAAUUCAUCUUGAAAUUAAAAUAAAACUCGUUCUGUCUUCUUCAUCCCGGAUCUAAUCAGCCUGCUAUUUUUUAGCAGGUCAUCAAAAUUAUUUUGCUUCGGACAUCAUUUCCAU